AUGCCGGAUCUAAAUUUUGUGCACAAAACUAACAUACCGGAUAGUGAUAGUGUUUACAAACAUAGCACAAGGGAUGUACACAAACCUACAACACCAGAUGUCAAUGGUUUACAAAAUUCUCCCACACCUGAUGUCAAUAAUGCACAGAAAUAUACUACACAGGAAAUCAACGACGCACAGAAAGUUAGCGCUAAGCUUAAUGUGCAGACUGUGAACAAAUCUAUGACUGUGAAUAUUGUACAAAAACCUUUUGUCAGUAAUAACGAGGAUAUGUCUACACUUGUUUUGACGGAUAUUGAUGGUUUGCACCAUUUUACAUCUUCCACCACACCUGAUAUGCAUGUCGCAUACAAAUCUACAACAGUCUUUUCAAAAGCAGACGAUGUCAACAACAGCAUACAUACGGCAGACACUGGAGCGACGCCAGGAUCGGAUAUAUAUAUGAAGGCUGACGAAAAAAUAGAGGACGUCAAUGAUACAGUUAAACUAACAACCACAGAGGCCCUCAAUAGAACAAACAAGUCAGUAACGUCAGGGAUAGGCAAUAAAACAGGCGAGUCAGCAACGCCAGACGCUAUUAGUAGAACAAAUGAACCAACAACGCCAAAGGUUGUCAAUAUAACAAACAAACCAACAACGCCAGAUGCUAUUAGUAGAACAAACGAACAAACAACGCCAGACGCCAUUGGUAGAACAAACGAACCAACAACGUCAGGGGAUGUCAAUAUAACAAACAAACCAACAAAUCCAGGGGUUGUCAAUAUAACAAACAAACCAACAAAUCCAGGGGCUGUCAAUAUAACAAACAAACCAACAACGCCAGAGGUUGUCAAUAUGACAAACAAACCAACAACGCCAGGGGUUGUCAAUAUAACAAACAAACCAACAACGCCAGAGGUUGUCAAUAUGACAAACAAACCAACAAUGCCAGAGGUUGUCAAUAUAACAAACAAACCAACAACGCCAGAGGUUGUCAAUAUAACAAACAAACCAACAAUGCCAGACGCCUUUCGUACAACAAACGAACCAACAAUGCCAGAGACCGACAAAAGGACAAACAAACCAACAACACAAGACGCCAUUAGUAGAACAAACGAACCAACAACGCCAGGGGUUGUCAAUAUAACAAACAAACCAACAACGCCAGAGGGUGUCAAUAUAACAAACAAACCAACAAUGCCAGAGGUUGUCAAUAUAACAAACAAACCAACAACGCCAGAGGGUGUCAAUAUAACAAACGAACCAACAACGCCAGAGGUUGUCAAUAUAACAAACAAACCAACAACGCCAGAGGGUGUCAAUAUAACAAACAAACCAACAACGCCAGAGGGUGUCAAUAUAACAAACAAACCAACAACGCCAGAGGUUGUCAAUAUAACAAACGAACCAACAAUGCCAGAGGCCGGCCAUUGGACAACCAAGCCAAAAAUGCCAGAGGCCGGCAAUAAAACAAGCAAACCAACGUCAUCUAGCAUCAGUAGAACAAGCAAACCAACAAAUCAAGUAGCCGUCAAUAGAACAGUCAAACCAAUGAAGCCUAUUUCUAAGACAGAUGCUCGUAUUUCUUUAACAUCCAUCUCCCCACGUUCUACAGAGGCGACAAAAGGACACCUCCUAGGAACACGCGUUUCGACACACAGUGUCACAACGGAAACCUUUAUCGCUCCUGUAAAUGACUCUUUAACGACUGGAGCGGUUACAGAAGCACACGUGACAAUAGAACAACAUGUUAGCAAUAACGAGCAAGAAGCUUCAACUGGACGAAGCUUAGCAGCAGGAUUGUUUACAGACAGCACCAUAACGUAUACAGCAAAGAAUACAGACACGGUGUCGUCAAAAUCAGUGGAUAUGGCGCCACAAACUGGAGUUGACAAUACGUCACAAAAUACCAACAGGACAUCGACGUCUUCUGGCGACUUAGCCGUCCAGGUUAGGCAUCAGAUGGGCGACGAAGAUGAUGACACAUACUGGCCAAUCGCAAUCGCCAUUACAGUCGGCGUUCCAGUCAUCAUCGUCUUCGUAGUCACCAUAACCGUCCUUAACCGCAAGAGGUUAGAGCGUCCAAAUCGCUUAGCAACGUCAACUUUCUUUUCGAAACUAGAGAAAGCCCACAAUGCCGCACUGUCCGGAUACACCUCACCGCCGACCGAAUAUGACGCUUGA